AUGGCGGUCCCGCGCGGCCUGCUCCUGCCCGCGGCGCUGCUCGCCUCCUGCGCGGCCCUCCACCACGGCGCCCCGCCCGGGCAGGAUGGCCAGCGCCUGCUGGGAGGCGGCCGCCACGCCGCAAGCGCGUCGGCCAAGAUGAUGGCCGUGAAGGGGCACACCGUCAGCCAGGUCUCCGCGAGGUGGACGGGGAACGUCGUGUACGCCAUCUUCACCAGUGCCAGCGAGAAGUACCACGACGGCCUGCUCGCGGAGCUGGGCACGUGGGCGGAGGUCCCCGCGAGGCAGGGCAGGUUUGUCGCCGUGGGCGGCAGCAACUACCCUGACGAGUGGCAGACGAAGAACGUGCUGAAGUCGGAGUGCGGUGACUCUAUGGAGUCGAUCUCCUGCAAGGAGGCCACCCUGCUGGCGGAGGGCGCGGCGCGCGGGGCGGACUGGCUGUACGUGAUCGGCGAGGACAACUAUGUACACACCAAGCGCAUCGAGGAGUUCCUGAGCGACAAGGACCCAGACUCGGUCAUCGCGUACGGCACCGUCGGGUGCGGGAAGGGGAUAUACUGCACGGACGACGACGGCUUCACCGAGGAGGGCGGCUUCUGCGGCGGCGGCGGCUACAUUAUCAGCCGCGGGGCCCUGCAACGGCUCCUGGCCAACGGCGCACCCGAGCUGCACGAGAUCUACGACGCCACGCCUUGGCCAAACGACAUGACGACCAGCUGCCAACUCAGGAAGCAUGAGGUGGUCCUGAGCAACGUCGGCAACAUGUACGGGUUCCCCAUUGUCGACAUCGAUGAUUACAAAGGUAUGGCUCGCGGCGACUUCCUCACUCUACACUACCUCAGGCCUGCCACCAUGCGGUGGUUCCACGCGCACCUUCAUGGCGCCUCGAAACAUGUGACGCAUUCGUUGGAGGAGGCGGCGUUCGAUCAUGGCUGCGCCAAGGACAUCGGAGGCGUCUCCAGUCAACAGCGAUUCAGGGAGUGCUUGGUCAAGAAAGGUGCGACGCCCCAGUGA